UGCAGCUCAUUAAAAAGCUGUGAAAGCGGAACAAUAACGUCCGUCCGUCUGAACUGAAGGCGCCAAACUCAAACUGCAAAUAUAAAAAAUGUCAACCAGCGGAGUGGAAACGGCAGCUCAGAGCCCGCUGCUCUCCUCCAGCUUCUGUUUCAGCCCGUGGUCAUGUGUUUGUGCCAAGGGCUGGUCGGCGGCUGUGUGGAACGGCCUGCCUGACCCGCUGCUGGCUGCCGCCGCUGCCUCCGGAUGCUCCGCCCCUGAGCCGUGGCUCCUCCCUGGCUGCAGCUCUGUCUACGAUAGCCUGGUCAGUAACGUCUCUCCAAUGCAGUCACCCCCUGCUGCCAACGACCUUCGAGGACGAGAGCGAGCUACAAGCAACAAACCUCGCAGGCCGUCCAUCCUGGAGCGUUGUAUCCUCAAAGUGUCGACCAGCAGUGUGGCUGUGGGGACGGACGAUCUGGACAAGAAGAGGCCUCCCCUUGGUCGCUGUUACCCUUGCUUCCCUGACCCGGACAAUACGGAGACAAACGCUGCGGUUCUGAAGCGGCGGCAGAAACAAAUCCAAUAUGGCAAGAACACGAGCGGCUACCAGAACUACGUGCAGCAAGUGCCCAGACAUCUGAGGGAUCCUAAGCUCCACCCGUCCACUCCCAACAAGUACAAGAAGUACAGCCGGCGCUCUUGGGACAUGCAGGUGCGUUUGUGGAGGCGAGCGCUUCACCUGUGGGACCCUCCCACUGACACCCAGCCGGACGUCGCCGACACACAGGACCCAGUGGAGCAACUGCAGAGCCAGCUGGCAAAGAUGACCUCUGACCUGUGUGAGGACGGAGGAGACAAGCAGAGAGAGAAGGAGACUUCAGCAGCCUCUAAAGCCUCCUCUGUGUCUCCUCUGUCAGACGUGACCUCUCUGGAGCUGCCUGGACCAUGGAACAGUCCACUCUCAAUGGAGGCUGAGGGAGGCCACAGGCCACUUCGCUCUCCUCCUGGCCUGAGCUACUCCUUCAGGAGUCAACUGACCACCAACGACAACAUGACCGACUGGCUGCACUUCCUGUUGGAGGCAGACAACGCCCAAGAUUUUGGCUCUGAUGACCAGCAGGUUCCCGUCUUUUCUGACCAGCUCUUGUGGAAUCCAUACUGAUCAUUACCGAAUCUCCAGCGAUCUGAAACAAACGAGGUUCAGUCGUCUGUCAGCGUCUUUAACUCUUUAGUCAUCAUCGUGAAAACUUGACAUUGUCCUUGUUUGGACCUUUAAUAAUGUGUUGACCCUUGAUGUUGGAGUAAUGUUUGUGUGUGCGUGGUUUCCAGUAUCCAGUACAUUUGUCUUUUUAAGAUAACGACAGCAGGGAUGUGAUUCGUCCUGAGUUACAUCCACCCCUCCAGGAUCUCUUUUCGGAGGUGGGAGGACGACCUGAAGAGAACUGAGAAGAACCAACCUGGAAAUGUGUUUGAGAUUUUCCCGGCUGCUCUUGAACGCGUCCUCGGGUCAGACAGCUGAACACUUUGACCUAAGCAUGGUACUAUAAUUUGCACUUUAUAUAUUUAAGUUAAACUGCAUCCGAUGGCGCACAUCUCACCUGAAUCAUGUUUUAGUUUGAUCAUCCUGCACUGAAGGAAAAGCUGCUACUUUUUUGUAUUUCGAGUCACUUAAUUUUGUCUUUUAAUCCCAUUUGGUGUCACUUUAUCGCCUCUCUGUUGACUGCUGUUGUUGUCUUUGGUCCACCAUCACCUUCAUGCUCUGCUGUCUGUCUGGAUCUGACUACAGCUCCUCCUUUCUGUACCUCCAUGUUUUUUCUAAAAAACAAAAACCUUCAUUGAUGGAGGAGAAAAAAGGCUGUCGCUUUGUGUUGUGAGUUUUCUUUUUUACUUUUUUGUGUUUAUGAAUUUGUCAUUUUGUGCUGCUUGAAUAUCGGGCGCAAAGCUGAAAGAUGUGAUUAAUAAAGAUGUAAAUAAA